CUGAUUGUAAGUGUAAGCAAUUGUAUUUAGAAGAUAAACUGAAAAAAUUUAUAUCGCAACGUUUGAGUUUGAGUUGAAAAAAAAUCAAUGUUCGAAUUAAAAUUAUUUUAUGAACGCAAAUUAUUGAAAUAGCUCCACCUGGGAACGUUUUUCCAACUGUUUGUUUGAGUCCGUUAUAAAAUUUGAAGAAAAACAACUUUCUCAAACAAAUCAGAUAUUUUCCAGUUUCGCACACCAACUCACUUUUCAAAUUGGCCAUCACACUCAUUUCUGGGCGCGGAUUUUGUUGUGCACCACCUCUUCAUCACUGCGGAUUUGUACCAAUUGUAUUUUAUAAUACAAGGUGUGUUUUAACGGACUCAUACACAUAUACUUUUGAAAAAAUAACAAAAUUCACAUGGUUCAGCUUUUUUUGCAACAAAAAAAACUAAAAUUUCACGCAUUUUCAUAUUGUCAGAAUAUAACAGUCAAUUUUUUUGAGUCCGAAACAAAAUUUGAAAAACAAACGAUUUUCAAAAAUAAUUCAGAUAUUUUUCAGAGUCGAGUUUGAAUCGUGGUCAUCGUCGCACAAUCGAACAAACUUUGCCAAUUUUUUUGCCGGUAUAAAAUUUGAAGAAAAACAACUUUCUCAAACAAAUCAGAUAUUUUUCAGUUUCGCACACCAACUGUUCAAAUUGACCAUCACAAUUAUUUGUGGGUGCGGAUUGUUUUGCGAAAAGUAGCAUUUUCGAUCAUACACGACCUCUUCAUCAUUGUGGAUUUGUACCAAUAGUAUUUUAUAAUACAAGGUGUGUUUUAACAGACUCAUACACAUAUACUUUUGAAAAAAAUAACGAAAUUCACAAGGUUCAGCUUUUUUUUGCAACAAAACAAACUAAAAAAUGUUGUUUAGCUUAUGUGAGAAAGUUAAUUACUCCAUUUCACGCAUUUUUUAUAUUGUCAGAAUAUAACAGACAAAUUUUUGAGUACGUUGCAAAAUUUGAAAAACAAACGACUUUCAAAAAUAAUUCAGAUAUUUUUCAGAGUCGAGUUUGAAUCGUGGUUUUCUUCAUUCAUCAUCGCACAAUCGAACAAAGUUUGCCAAUUUUUCGCCGAAAACCGUAGUGGAUUUGAUUUUGGUUUGGAAAGGUUUGGUUCAAUAAUUUUUCCAAAAAAUUUUCCGAGCACAAAAUUUGAAAAUAUAGCCAAAAGGCGUAGUUCAUAAAAACUGAAAAAAAAACGCUUUCUCCAAAUCAAUUUUUCGAAAUUCUGUUUGAAUUCGGAGUUUAAAGUCAAGAAAAAAAGUAAUCAUAAUAAUUUUUUAUCAAAAAUAGAAACAACGAAAAAUAUAGCGCAGCUUCAAAAGAAUUAAACUUUUUUUCAGAUGA